GCCAAGCCCGGCCCCUCGCCUCGCCUCGCCUCAGCCCGGCGCUCGUCUCCCGCGCUCCCCCCGGGCUCUUUGUUGGAGGGUGCCGGCAGGGGGCCGCGGCACCAUGUCCUCCCCCAAGAACGGCUUCUACCGCCAGGAGAUCACCAAAACCCUCUGGGAAGUGCGGGACCGCUACCGGGACCUGCAGCCCGUGGGCUCCGGCGCCUACGGAGCCGUCUGCUCGGCUAUCGAUGGAAGAAACGGUACCAAAGUGGCCAUUAAGAAACUGUACCGCCCGUUUCAGUCCGAACUCUUUGCCAAGCGAGCCUACCGCGAGCUGCGCCUCCUGAAACACAUGAAGCACGAAAACGUCAUUGGAAUAUUGGAUGUGUUCACACCAGAUGUAACACUGGAGAAAUUUAAUGACUUCUACCUUGUCAUGCCAUUUAUGGGAACAGACUUAAGUAAGAUAAUGAAGCAUGAGAAACUAACUGAAGACCGAAUCCAGUUCCUCGUAUAUCAGAUGUUAAAAGGCUUAAAGUAUAUUCACUCGUCAGGCAUAAUUCACAGGGAUCUAAAGCCCGGAAACCUGGCAGUAAAUGAAGACUGUGAACUGAAGAUUCUGGAUUUUGGAUUGGCCAGGCAUACAGACAGUGAGAUGACAGGUUACGUGGUCACAAGGUGGUACAGAGCCCCAGAGGUCAUACUUAACUGGAUGCAUUACACACAAACAGUUGACAUUUGGUCUGUGGGCUGUAUAAUGGCUGAAAUGAUAACAGGGAGGCCUCUGUUCAAGGGAAACGAUCAUCUGGACCAACUCACAGAAAUAAUGAAAAUAAUGGGUACACCAACUCAAGAUUUUGUGCAAAAACUGCAAAGUCAAGAUGCAAAAAACUAUAUCAAAAGCCUCCCAAAAGUCCAGAAAAAAGAUUUUGCAUCUGUCCUGAAGUAUGCGAAUCCUUUGGCUGUAAGCCUUUUGGAGAAGAUGCUGGUGCUGGAUGCAGAGAAGCGAGUCACAGCAGCUGAGGCUUUGAUGCAUCCUUACUUUGAACCAGUUCACGAUCCUGAGGAAGAAAUUGAAGCUGAGAAAUACGAUGACACGUUUGAUAACAUGGAUCUACCGCUGGAUGAGUGGAAGCGUAUUACCUAUAAAGAGAUACUGAACUUCAAACCACCACAAACAUCAGAGUCAAAGGAGACAGCAGUGUAAUUUUAUGACCUGAUCUUUUCAGAACUCCGAAGAAAGCAGGGAAGUUGUAAAUGUUAGUGAUAUUUCAGGUGUAUAAAACUUUUAUAAAUAAACUGGAUGUAAUCUGUUUCAUCUCCACUGUAAGAAAGAGCAGUGUCUUUUACUCUGCAUGUGGAAGCGGUGCCUCUGGGAGUAGCGUCUCUGAACUGUCCAGAAGAUUAUUUCUGCCCACAGCUUCUCCCUUCUGCAUGAAAGGAUUCAGACUCUGAUAAUUCUGUGCCAUCCUUGAAAGAGCAGGUAGGGCCAAUUCUUCAAAUCAGACAUGAGUACAAGUCAGCACUGUAAGCAAGCGGAGACACGGAGGAUGUCAGUGAUGUGCAGCGUCUGCUCUACAGCGCUAUUGAACUAUCUCGAAUGUAAGAGGUAUCAGUGUGACUUCCUCUGGAAUAUUUCACCUUGAUGAGAUGCCUGCAAAGGCCAAUCAGCUUCUGUUUCCUCAGCUAGUGUAGUGGGUAGCAGAGACACAGCUUGAAUGGAGGCCUAUUUCCUUUGUUCUGCGUGAGUACAGAAGAGCCUGAGCUCCAACCAGGUCUGACAGAUUUAUGCAAGAGGCAAGAAGCAGACAAGUGUCAAUGUCCCAGUUUGUUUAAAGUAACUGGUGUGGUAGGAUGAGAUUUCCCAAGUUCACUAGGUGAGCAGCCACUAGGUAAGCAAUCAUUUUCAAGAGCUGCAGUGUUUUUAUCUCAAUAUGGUGGAGUCUCUCUGUAUAAUAGACUGGGGACCAAGGAUUUCCAGGGAGAAACACUUUUUAAGACUUUCUGAAAUUUUAUAAGCUCUCUAGCAUCUUAGUGUUAAAAAAAUCAUUGAAAAAGUUCAUGUUCUCAGAGGACAUACUGAUUAGAUAAUCAGCAGUGCUGAUCUUGGAAAUACAGCUGCACGCAGGUGACAUUGUAGAAAAUAAAACGAUAAAAAUAUGACACUGCAGCUAUUCAUGCUACCUGCAGCAAGCUGUUUUGUUCUUGGUGUGAAGAGGUGUUGCCAGGUGCAGAACAACAACUAUUCUUUUUUUCAGACUUCUGAAAUCAUCUUAUCUGGGGGGGAACCCUCAAAGCUUCUGCUGGAAGGUACCUUACCAGAAGGAAUCAGAUUCCUGAUGACCUACAGGGGGAUGCCAGAUGCUUCAUGAGCUUCUGUUACUGUCUGGCUUCGUUUAUUGUCUUUUCCCAGGUGCUUAGUUCAUGAUAAUCUCUCAGACAUGGGAAAAAUAAAUUAGCAAACCUUUGGUGAA